AAUGGAUACAUCUAACAUGUAAACUGCAUCUUAAAUUUAAUAGACCAGCAGCUGGAUCCAGACCUACCAAGCAGACCUUUGAUUAAGCUCCUGUUACAAGAUAAGUGUAAACUAUUUCAUAAUCUCAAGAAUCUAAAAUACAUCUGAUAUUUUUGGAGUCAAUUCUCCUGCUCCUGUUCAAUAACCAUCAAGACAGAGCGCUCGACCAAAAACAGAUAUAUUUAGUACUGAAACCUAAGCAACUAAGCAAUAAGAAGUAAAACAAUAUCAUACCAGAAGGUUCGAUAAAAUAAAACCUUUCAAUCUCAAAUUUUCUCAUCAGAACCAAUUUAAAAUGCCCCUCCCCCUGCUAGAAAUACACAAACAUAUGAAUCCUCACAAAAGGAAGUUAAAAGAUACUAGAAAAAGAACAACGAUAAUAGAUAAGUUGAUCAUGGAAAAGAAUUCCUAUUUGGUAAAAGUGGUAAAUGAAAUUUAAUAUAAUGAGACUUUGAUGAAUAUAAAUCAUUAAAGAGAGCAGUCACAUUAAACGAAUUCAAACCAAAACUUGCUUAUGAUCCAAAUAACAGAAGAAAUAAGGAACUUUAUGGAAAUGAAAUUGCUAGAGAACAUCUCCCAACCAAAGAGGUUAAUCUAGAGGUUUCCAGUCCUUAAAAGCCUAAAAAGUCACAAUAACAAUAGUAGGAUCAAAAUCCAAGUAAUAGAAAACUUAUGGAAAAUUAAUCGAGUGUUUUUGGUGAUAGUGCAAGGUAAGUGUUAAUGAAAUUUUUGUUUAGCAAACCAAUUUAAGGCUAAAAAGCAGAAAAACUAACUGCUUCAACUCAAAAAUGGAGUACUGUAGGAGGACAGAGCAACAAUCAAGUCAAGGAAUUUGAUCCAGAGACAUAUGCAAAAAAUAGAAAGGAGGCUGAAUUGCAAUCGAGUGUAUUUGGGGAAUAGUCAGUUAAAGUUUAACCUGUCUCAAUUUCAGAAUCAAAAGAGGAAACUGAAACUCUGUAAUGUAAGAGUAUUCUAUUAAAUUUAGCUUAAUCACAAGAGUAAUCACAAAAAUAGUAAAAGCCAAAGGAGAGAUUGAUUCCCAAUAAUUAAACAUGGCAAUAAACUGACUCUGUAAAAAACAAAAGAGACUUUGAUCCAACACAAUCUCAAGUGAAUGAUGACAUAGAUCCAUCAUAAAAGAAAAUGGAUAUUCUUAAGUCAUCUAUGGACACACACUAAUUUGAAGCAUAAUAAAUUCCAGCAAAUUAAAAGAUUUCCAAUAAAAGUCUUAAAGUAAGAAUUGAAAUUUAAUCAAUCUUAGUAAAAGAAAGACAUAAUUUAAAGAGAGGAAAAAAUAACUAAAGAAAAAUCAACAAAAACACAAAGCAAAAAAAAGUGAAAUCCCUAUAAAAUAA